GCCGCCAGAUGGCGCCGCGGGCGCAUUCCACUCCGCGCACUCGGAGGGUCCGCUCUCCUCGGCAUUAUUUUCCUGGAUUUCGAGCGGAACGUAUCGCGCGUCCUCGCGUCGUCAGCUCGGCCCUCUAGUUUCGCUCCUCGGUCCGUGACCCCGCCGCCGGAGAUUGGACGGACCUCGAGGAAUCUAUUUGUGUGUUGUUGGUGAAGUGCACUCCUGGGAGAGUUAGUGCGAGAACAAAUGGUUGUGCUCGAGGAAGGCGGCAUGCUGACCAGCGGACACAAUCAGUACUUACAACCGGAUUAUCUGUCUCCGCUUCCAACCACGUUGGACGCGAAGAAGAGUCCGCUGGCGCUGUUGGCCCAGACAUGCAGCCAGAUCGGCGCGGACUCGCCGUCGAAGCCGCUGAUCUCGCCCCUGGACAAGCACUCGAAGGGACUGGGAGCGUCCAGCGCGCGCUCGCCGCCGGCGGCCAAGAUGGAGCGGACCCGCGGCAGCCCGUCGGACUCGAAGCCGCUGGCGUUCAAGCCCUACGAGACCAACGUCGUGUCGAAGAAGUCGCCGUCGGACGAGGGACGGCCGACCUCGAAGGCGAGUGUGCACAGUGCGAGUGACCGGCAGGAUUGCGCGAGUGGCAGUGACACGACCGGCUCCGAGAAGAAGAGCUCGGGCCACCGGACCCCGCUGGGCCGGAAAUCGGCCUCGCCGGGCUCGGCGCACCACGGGGGCGCCGCGACGGGCACGCCGCCGUCGCUCUCGGAGCGCAAGACGCCGGCCGAGCGCGAGAAGAGCGCGGAGUCGCCGCGCGGCAGCGCCGGCGCCAGCCCCAUCGUCCGCUCCGGCAUGGAGAUCCUGGCCGGGCACGGCAAGGACGCGGCCACGGCGGCCGCCCUGGCCGCCGGCUACAAGAGCGGCGGCGUGCCGGCCUUCGCCGCGGGCAGCCCGCUCUGCUGCCCGCCGGGCCUCGCCGAGAACCCGGCCUUCCGGCCGCCCUUCGCCGGGGCCUCGCCCUUCUCGCACCACCACGCCACCGCGGCCGCUCUCCUCGGCGGCUACCCGUCGGCCGGGCAGAGCGCCGCGGCGGCGGCCGCCGCUGCCGCCGCCGCCGCCGGCGGGGGCUCCGGCAGCCCCUACCUCAGCUACGCCCGCGUCAAGACGCCCGCCGGCGGCGAGGCCCUCGUGCCCGUCUGCAAGGACCCCUACUGCACCGGGUGCCAGUUCAGCAUGCACAACGCCCAGAUGAUGAUGGGCGCCGCCGCGGGAACCUGCCCCAGCGGGUGCACGCAGUGCGACCACCAGAAGUACGGCCUCGCCAUGGCCCUGUCGAGCCUCGGCCCCAUGCCGCCCCCGUCGCUCGCCUACCCCUCGUCCCUGGCCGGCGGCCGGCCCUACGUGUGCAACUGGAUCGCCGGCGAGUCGUACUGCGGCAAGCGCUUCUCCACCUCGGAGGAGCUGCUCCAGCACCUGCGCAGCCACACGAGCCUGGCGAGCGGCGCCGCCGCCGCCGCCGCCGCCGCGGCAGCCGCCGCCGGGGAGCAGCACCCCUCGACGUCGGCCGCGGCCGCGGCCGCCCUCCUGGCCGGGCCGCACCCGCACCCGCUGCUGUCGCCGUCCGCGGCCCUGCACCGCGCCGCCGCCGCCGCGGCCGCGGCCGCCGCUGCCGGCGGGGGCUCCUACCCCGCGCCGUCGCUCAGCCCGCUGGGCGCCAGGUACCACCCCUACGGCAAGCCGCCCACCGGGCCGCUGCCCGCCUCGCUGGCCGCCUCGCCCUACAGCGCCUUCAACGCCCUCGGGCCCUACUACUCGCCGUACGCCAUCUACGGCCAGCGGAUCGGCGCCGCCGUCCACCCGUAAUCUGGCUCCGCGCCGGCGCCCCGCUCUGUACAUAGCCCCGCGUGCACUCCUGUAAAGUAGACCUCUAUUUAAAAGAAUAUNAUAGUAUAUAUAUCUUGAGAGUUAAGGGCGCGUCGCGAGAAGACGGCCCCGCCGAGGGGCGCGGGCGGGCUCCGGCGACGACGGAGGCGAGCGGUCGGUCCGAGAGGACGCGGCGUCGGGGCAGAUCUCUCUCGGUCGCGGAUCGGCCGACGGCCGCCGAAUGCCCGGACGAACGAGGAGCGUGCACCUUUGAAACGCGCGUAUCGCAUCUGAAAAAGGAAAAAGAAAAAACACACACACACACACGGUAUACGUACUUGGGAUUUCUUUUCGCGUCUCGCCGGAGAGACGGUUUCGCCGAUUCGGAGAAGGACCGCGGAACGGUUCCGGCUCGCGUUUUCGUUAUCGCCUCGGAAGGCUCGGCUCCCCCCGAGGACGGCGCACCAAAUGUCCAUUGUAUAACUGUGAUAUUACGAUAUUGUUUGGAGAAAGUGCGAAAGGGGAUUCGGUAGUUGCGCGAGCCGAGGACCCGUCCGGGCGGUCGCGGAGGCUCGGAGCGGUCGGAGGUCGUCCGCGCCCCGCGAGAUGCGGCGCUCGUCCUGUAAAUAAGACCUGUAAAUAUCGUUGAGUUUCCAUACCGCUUUAAUAAACACGUUUGUAGAAUGACGUA